AUGACUGCCCGCAGCAUGCACGACGCUGACUGCCUGCUUUCUCUCCACCACCAAAAGGCCAGCCGGAACACAUACGAACCUCUAAGCGCGGACAGUGCAGACUGCGAGUAUGUCGAGGAAUUACGCCUCGCAACACAAGAAACGCUCCUUGAAAUGCGUCAGUACAUCCGGCACCACAGACGCGAGAACCUAUUCACGCAGGGCUACUUCUACCGCAAUAUGGCCCUUCGCCAUUACGCCCUUACCAUGGCGGCGAAUAAUACCACCCACCUGGCAAUUCUGCGCCACGCCGAGGGUCUUAGAUGGGUGAAGCUGCCGACACCAGAGCAGAUCCGUCUCUGGGAAGGAAACAAUCAGCAGGAGUCGGAGGUCGCGGCGGAUACUUUGCAUAGUUGCGAAUGCAGGUAUUUGCCGGAUAAAGCAGAGAAACCGACUAUCGAGAACCAUCAGCGGGUUCGCCUGGACGAGUAUGUGAAUGGAUUCUGGCUGGGGGAACACGAGGAUGAAAUAUGA